AUGGUCACGGGGCUCCUUCGCACAGAGUGUCCCCGUCUGGACCCUGCGAUCCGAGGUCAAGGCUUCGAAGAGUUCGCGGCCAUCCUUCGGCGAGCCCCGCGCCCCCGGAUCUCGGCACUCUUCACGAAGGGUGACAUGUGGUCUCCAAUGGCCCACUACGAGGCGCUGAAAGGUCUCCUUGAUCCCAACACCGACGAAGUGUUGGAUUUGGCCUCCACCAAAUGGAAGGCUGGUGGGCCUCCGAGGCACGAGUUCGUCCUCUCUUCGCCUCACCUACUG